ACGAGGAUCCGGACUCCUCUGGAUCUUUUUUUUUUUUUUUUUUGUCCCACUUCACCUGUUUGACUCGACUGAGCAGCCGCGAUGAAUCACAGUAAAGUUGAAUUUGAGCCUUUUGAAUAUUCCUACUAUGAAUAUUCAGACUGGUACUCCAACAACGCAGAGCCGACCAAACCACCCAAAGAAGUUAUUUUACCAUGUUACCCAACAGCAGAUGACAGACUCUUCAACGUAUGCAUGCUGUCAAUAUCUCUGGUGGUCAUGUUGAUCCUGGCAGCUCUCUCCAGGAAAAACAAAUUCUGCCAAGGAUUUGCAAGAGGAUCCUCCAGCAUCUUCAGUCCGACCAACUUCCUGGACCAGACUCAGGAAAAGGGCCUGACCAUGGCUGUGUUUGGACUGGUGUUCAGCAAGCUGGCUAUGCUGGUGAUCGCCCCGGACCCAUUGCCUUUCUGCAGAGAUACUCCAGCGGAAAUUAAAGAGUACAUGAAGAUCAUCGCCAUCUUCUACUAUCCAGUCCUGUAUUAUCCUCUGUUGGCCUGCGGCACUCUGCAGCGUAAAACAGGUUAUGUGUUCGGGGCGCUCCUCUCCUUCAGUCACUUCGGGGUCCUGGUGUGGCAGAAGUUUGACUGUCCAAAGACUCCAGAGAUCUAUAAGUUCUACGCUCUGCUUGCGAGUCUGCCUCAGCUGGCCUGCCUGGCAUAUCUCUGUGUCCAGUUUAUUUUGCUGUUUGUCAAAGGACCAAAGACUGAUGAGGACCUCGACAGCAGCUACUACAACGACUACGUGAAGUCACUUCUCAAGAAAAAGUCGUCCGCUGUCAGCUCGUCAGCUACAGACAAACCAACACUGGCAGAGAGAAUACUGGAGGUGCCGAAGAGUUAUAUUUAUAUACCUGAAAAAGUGUUUCGUUUCCCGCUCAAGCUGGCUGUGUCGGCGUUUGUUGCUUUAGUGGCGAUAUAUCAUACGGCGUUGUUGUUGGUCGUGAUGGUGGUCCCCAUUCUCCAUAUUGUCCGCGCUGGUAUUGAUGAAAACAUCGCCUUCCUGUUACUGGGCUUCGGGAUCGUCCUAUCAGACAACAGGAUGGAGGUCGUCAAGAUCGUGACCUUCUACACCUGGUUGUUGGAAGUGUGCUACCUGUGUGCGAUGACCCUGUCUUGUUUGGUCAGUCUCGUUAUGCUCAUGAGGUCCAUGGUUCUCCACAGGUCAAACCUGAAAGGCCUGUAUAAGGGAGACAUUUACAACAUCUAUAACAGCCAGAAGACCAUCUCUCCAUCUAAACCUGGUAUCGUCUGCUGGAUGGGAUUGACAGGAUACCAGGCUGCAAUCGUCUGCUUCGGAAUGGCCAUCCAGACUGUUGUGUUUUUCAUCUGCUUCUUGUUCCUGGUGUUUCUGAUCAUUAUCCCUAUUUUUCACGGCCGUAACAUCAUCGUGUUUGAAAUCGCAGGAAAGGCAUGGCCUGCCUGGGUCACACUGACACUGGCGACAGUGCUUCAGCAUGUGACUGCCAAGUUUGCUUUCAUCAAGAAGGAAGCUGGAACAAGAGACUUGAACCACAGAGAGAGUCUCUUCCUCCUGACCUACCUGCUCUUCCUCAUCAACACGUUGGUGGGAGUGAUAGUGGCAAUAUGGAGAAUGGUGAUAACAGCUUUGUACAACAUCAUCCACCUGGGUCGUAUCGACGUCAGUCUGCUGCACCGCACCGCAGAGUCCUAUGACCCAGCCUACCGAUACUACACCCACUUCUUGAAGGUGGAGGUGAGCCAGUCACACCCGGUGGUGAAGGCUUUCUGUGGGCUGCUGCUGGACAUGAUGAUCGAGGGCGGCAGAGCUGGACAGAAAAUACGAGACGCAGAGGAAGGGAUCCAGGAGAACCGGCCGAGCAAGGCGACCAGCAGUCGGAGGAUUCGCUCUCGCUGGCAGCUGCUCUACACGCUGGUCAACAACCCGUCCCUGCUGGGCUCCAGGAAGCACUUCCAGACGCUGCAGACCUCGGAGAGCAUCCUGAACGGCACCCCCAAAAUCAGCUCCAAGAAAGGCAGCAAGAAGGAGGCCACCGAGCCUGAGCAGUCCACGGAGACCGCAACAAACCAAGAUAAAACUGACUGAGCUCCCUGAUCUAGACCGUAGAGCUGGUGGUUUACUCCAAACAAAGUCGUAUUACAUGAGAGACAAAACAGUUCACAGGAAAAGUAGAAACCAAUCACAUUCAACACUAUAUUUUGGGUGAUGAAUGAGUCCAUUUGAUUAUUUUUUGUUAUUAUUAUUACUAUUAUUAUAUUAUUAUAUUGCCAAUACUGAAUGAUUCUUAAGAUUCCUGCUUUUGCAAUGGCAACAAUGGUAUGUCCAAGGUUCAGGACAGGUUAUGGUUAACUACAGCUGAGAUAUGAUUAUAGUUAGGCAACCUGGCUCGGUGAUCCAUAUGAAAACACAGAGCUGUCAUUUAGUUUUUGUGUGUGAACACGUCCGGUGUGAUCUUGUUUGGAGUAUACUACUGCUGUCCUGCCAGAUUUUUGCUCGGCCCAGCUGGUGGCACUAGAAUAACCUAAAUCAUCAGCCAGGGUUUAUCCAGAGUCUGUGAUGUAGGUCAAGUCAGGCACAUGGUGACAAACUCAAAGCCAGCAGAACAUUUGUUGUUGUCCAAAGCACAGUUUUUUAAAGCUGGAAAUUUGCUCCUGAUGUGAUUUAUUCACCUUCACAUAAGUGGUUGAAUGUCUUGUGGACUUGUGGGAUUUCUACAGACUGGUUCUGGCUUUAGAGUUUGUCUCCACCUGUUACUGACGUACUAAGAUGCCUCUCAGCCCCAGUAGCAAUGGUUUCACAUGUGGAAAAAAAAGCUUUGAAACUUAAAAUAAAAAGUAUCACUCACCAGGAAGCUGGUGGCAUUUAAUAAAAUAUAACUAUAUAUCUUCCCAUCAGCUCCAACAUGAAUCAGGUCUCAGCUACUGAUUAAAAUUAACUGUAAUUGUGUCACGCUUGUGCAAUAGUCUAGAGGCCUUUUAGUAAUUCCACACUGACAUUGCACAGACUGACAGAGCUGAUCAAUGUCAGCAUCAGAACUGGAGCAGAGGAUCGAUUAGAGCUCGGACAUGAGUCUAUUAUUGCCCCAGGUUAAUGCAGAAAUGUCAGCACAUGCUGGUUCUCUGUAUGUUCUCUCUUCUCCUCGCUGAGAGGAUUUCGUAAGAUCACGGAUGGUAGAAUUUUAUCAACUUGUGUGACGUGAUAACAUGAAAAAACACAAGAACUUUAUUCUUACUCCAGACUAACCUUUGGUUGCUAGGCUACGGAUUUAAAUGUAAUAUAACCACCAUAUUUAUAUUAUACCAUAUUAUAACAAAUAUAAAUGUUAUUGAGCAUUAUAACAUGAAUAUGGCAGAUGAGAGUUUUCUGUUACAUGAUGCCUUUUAUUUCCUAUAUGCUGUUUUAAUGGAUUUACAAAUAAAGUUUUCUUAACAUGUGACAAGUGACUGCUGGAGAAAAAUAAAAGGCUCCAAUAGAAAGUAUGUUGUUAAAUUGGUUUCUUUUCAUUUAUAUUGCUUUUUAAAACUAUGAGAUUGUUUUACAAAAUCUCUUUAAAUAUCAAGUAAUUGAUUUAGUUUCAUUUUGCUGAUGUAUUUAAUUGUUUAUACCU